UGUAUCUGUCUUUUUAAAUCAUGGCUGUAGGCAAAAGCAAGUCGCUCUCCAAAGGAGGUAAAAAAGGUACCAAGAAAAAGGUCGUGGAUCCCUUUACACGAAAAGACUGGUACGAUGUAAAGGCUCCGAGCAUGUUUGCCAUCCGACAAGUUGGAAAAACCCUUGUUAAUCGUACGCAAGGUACUAAAAUUGCUUCGGAAGGAUUGAAAGGCCGCGUGUUUGAAGUUUCCUUGGCGGAUCUUCAGAACGAUACGGACGCUGAGAGAUCUUUCCGUAAGUUUAAACUAAUAGCUGAGGAUGUUCAAGGGCGAGAUGUUCUCACUAAUUUCCAUGGAAUGGAUUUAACUACGGAUAAAUUGAGGUCCAUGGUUAAGAAAUGGCAGACAUUGAUUGAAUGUCAUGUUGAUGUGAAAACAACCGAUGGUUAUUUGCUCCGUGUAUUUUGUAUUGGUUUUACGCAAAAAGAUCCGCAAUCUCAACGUAAAACUUGCUACGCGCAACAUUCGCAAAUCAAAAUUAUCCGCAAAAAAAUGACCGACAUCAUUACGCGCGAUGUAACUAGCUCUGACUUGAAAGAGGUUGUCAAUAAACUUCUUCCUGAUUCGAUUGCCAAGGACAUUGAAAAGGCAUGCUUAGGAGUCUAUCCUCUACAUGAUGUCUACAUUCGAAAGGUCAAAGUCUUGAAGAAGCCUCGUUUCGACAUUUCCAAACUGUUAGAGCUGCAUGGAGAUGGUGGUGGCAAGGGAACUGUUACUGUUGCAGCUGCAGAAGGAACAACAGUAGAAAGACCAGAAGGAUAUGAGCCUCCAGUACAGCAAUCAGUUUAAAAAUAAACUUUGUCGUACAUUUCAAAGAAGGGAUAAUAAAAAAAUAAAACCCUAUAAA